GUUAAUUAAGAACAUGGGGAAUAAACCCUCAGUAAAUUAAAAUAAAUUUCAAAGGUAAUAGACAACAAAUGACAAAUAAUUUAAAAAGGACUAAAGCUAGUCGAAUGUUAUUGCACCUUAUAGAGAAGGAACAACUUUGGCUGUCGAAAGUAAAUUAAAGGCUUAUUUAAAAAAUGCUAAUGAAGGAGAGGAUCUUGAUGAUGAUAAUUAAGGAGGAAGAAAUAAAUUAUAACAAUUUAAAGAAGAUUAGCAUAAUGUAGAAAAUAUUUAAAAAGAAAUCAUUCAUUUAGAAGAAACAGUUUUUUCAAAAGAAAAAUUAUAAAGAGUAAGAGAAGACUUUGAGUCUUAUUCUAAAGAAAAUAAAAUGAGUAGGAAAAAGUUAUUAGAAUAUUUUGGAAUGGCUGAACUUGAUAAUAAAAGAUUAGGAAAUAGGAUUUUCUAAUGUGUUAAAUCAACAUUCUCUUAAAAAAAAACAGGGUAUUUAAACUAAUAUUGAUGUGAUUUAGACCAUUUCUAGACUAUGCAAAGUUUUUAAAAGCUAUAUCCAUGCUAUCAUAAUAGAAUGAUGAAGGAAGGUUAAGAUUUUUGUAUUCCAUGUUUGACAUGAAUUUAGAAGGUAGUAUAGAAAAAGAUGAAAUGUAUAAUUUAAUGAUGAUGUUUUUAGAAGUAAUUCAUGGAAUAAUUCAUUAGGGCAUGAUGUCUAUCAACUAUGAGAAUUAAGAUUUGAAUGAUUUAAAAUAACGAAUAAGUGAAUCACAUGAUAGAUAGAUUGAACUUGCAUUAGAAGAAAUAGUUAAUGAAAUUUAUUAAAAUCAUGCCUCUAAAUAGAAUGUCUUAAGUUAUGAUGAUUGGAGAAACUGGUUAAUGGAAUAAGAGGGUAUAUCAGAAAUUUUAAGUUUUAAUCCUCACACAGAUUUUUAGGAUUGA